GGCGCGGCGAGGCCUGCGCGCCGGAAGUGAGCUGACUGAGGGGAGAAGAAGGAGAAGGAGGAGGAGGAGAAGGAGAAGCGGGGCGGAGGAGGGAGCCCGGCCGGCUGCGCGGGGUGGCUGCGGCUGGCGGGCGGCUUGUGUGUGUGUGUGAGAGAGAGAGAUUGUGAGGCGGCGUCGGAGGAAGGAAGGAAGGAAUCCCGUCAGCCUUGGCUUGAGGGGUUUCCGAGGGAGGCAGCCAAGCCCAGCCGCUCCGAGCGAGGGCGCUGAGGGAAAAGGAGGAGCCGCCGGGUGUCCAGCAGGAGCAACAGCCGCCGCUGCCGCCGCCGCCACGAUGGAACAACUAUCAGAUGAAGAACUUGAUCAUGGCGCGGAAGAAGAUAGCGAUAAAGAAGAUCAGGAUCUGGACAAGAUGUUUGGGGCUUGGCUUGGGGAGUUAGACAAACUCACACAGAGUCUGGAUACAGAUAAGCCCAUGGAGCCAGUGAAAAGAUCCCCUCUUCGCCAGGAGACUAAUAUUGCCAACUUCUCCUAUCGCUUUUCAAUGUACAAUUUAAAUGAAGCCUUGAAUCAGGGAGAAACCGUGGAUCUUGAUGCGCUCAUGGCAGACCUUUGUUCCAUAGAGCAGGAGCUCAGCAGCAUCGGGUCACAGUCUGCAAACAGUAUGUCAAUGAAACGGUUUGCCACAGAAGGAAAAAUGGCUCAGAAACCAUCUGGUGGUGGACGACUUGCUGCUAAACACAGUAGUAUGAAAGGAGUGUCCACUUUGCCAUCUAGCCGGGUGACAAAGCCUUCACAUGCUAUCUUCUCCCUGGAUGACAUUACGGCACAAUUAGAGAAGGCAUCUCUGAGUAUGGAUGAAGCGGCUCAGCAACCUAUAAUGGAAGAUAGCAAGCCUAUAGUUGCUACCCAGCAUAGGAGGACAGCCUCAGCAGGUACUGUGAGUGAUGCUGAAGUCCGUUCUAUCAGCAAUUCCUCCCGUUCCAGCAUCACAUCUGCAGCCUCCAGUAUGGACUCCCUGGACAUUGAUAAGGUGACAAGACCUCAAGAACUAGAUUUGACUCAACAAGGACAGCCAGUUAGUGAGCAUAUUGUUUCUGUGGAACAUUCCAGCAAGCAAGCCAGACGUCGCAUUGACUUUUCUGAAGAAGAGGCUGAAUUGGCGCCUCAUUCCUAUUUGGACAGGGAAACCUCCCUUCUUCUGAGAAACAUUGCAGGAAAGCCUUCUCAUUUGCUGACCAAGGAGGAACAGGCUGCUAAGCUAAAGGCUGAAAAGAUCAGGGUUGCUUUAGAGAAGAUUAAAGAAGCACAAGUUAAAAAGCUUGUAAUUAGAGUCCACAUGUCAGAUGACAGCUCCAAAACAAUGAUGGUAGAUGAACGACAGACAGUAAGACAAGUGCUGGACAACUUGAUGGACAAGUCUCACUGUGGUUUUAGCUUAGACUGGUCUUUGGUAGAAACCAUCUCAGAAUUACAAAUGGAGAGAAUUUUUGAAGACCAUGAAAACUUGGUAGAAAACCUCCUCAACUGGACAAGAGACAGUCAAAAUAAACUUAUGUUUGUAGAACGUAUAGAAAAAUAUGCACUUUUCAAAAAUCCCCAGAAUUAUCUUCUAGGGAAAAGAGAAACCUCUGAAAUGGCAGACAGGAACAAGGAAGUACUACUGGAGGAGUGUUUUUGCGGAAGCUCGGUAACGGUGCCAGAAAUUGAGGGUGUAUUGUGGCUGAAGGAUGAUGGCAAAAAAUCUUGGAAGAAGCGUUACUUUCUUCUGCGUGCUUCUGGAAUCUACUAUGUUCCCAAAGGAAAGGCGAAGGUCUCUCGGGAUCUUGUAUGCUUUCUUCAGCUGGACCAUGUAAAUGUUUACUACGGCCAAGACUAUCGAAAUAAGUAUAAAGCCCCUACAGACUAUUGUUUAGUACUUAAACACCCUCAGAUUCAGAAGAAAUCGCAGUAUAUUAAAUAUUUGUGUUGCGAUGAUAUCAGAACCCUACAUCAGUGGGUAAAUGGCCUCCGUAUCGCAAAGUAUGGGAAACAAUUGUACGUAAACUAUCAAGAAGCCCUGAAAAGGACAGAAUCGGCAUAUGACUGGACAUCCCUUUCCAGUUCUAGUAUCAAGUCUGGAUCCAGUUCAUCUAGUUUGCCAGAAUCUCAAUCCAAUCAUUCUAACCAAUCAGAUAGCGGAGUUUCAGAUACCCAAACAGGACAUGUCCGUUCUCAAAGUAUUGUUAGCUCCAUCUUCUCAGAGGCCUGGAAACGGGGUACCCAACUGGAAGAGUCCAGCAAAAUUAGUGCUAGAAUGGACUCAAUAAGUCGACCCUUUACUUCAGUCCCACCAGCUUUGUCUCCGCAGGCCAAAGCGGCCCCCCUAUAUUCAGCUUCACAGCCAUCGCCUCCCCUUCCGCCCCCUCCCCCUCCUCCGCCACCCCCUCCGCCCCCGCCACCCCCUCCUCCGCCACCCCUCCCCAGCCAGUCCAUGUCAUCAGGAGGUGGCUCAGCCACCGUGUUUGUGAAGUACAGCACGAUAGCAAGGCUGCAGAAUGCCUCUCAGCAUGGAGGCCUUCUCUUCAAGCCCCCCCAUAUGAUGCAGCAACCCCCACCAAUCCUGCCACCGGCAAAACCCCAGAUCCCAGUGCCCCCUAAUGGUGUGGUCCCUCCACCACCGCCCCCGCCACCUCCCCCUACCCCCGGCUCAGCUAUGGCACAGCUCAUGAAGCCUGUGCCCUCCAUCUCGUCAGUGCCACAGUUCACGCCGCCACCCCCUCCUCCCCCUCCUCUCAAAAUCCACCAGAUUCAUCAGAAUAUUCCUCCAGCGCCGGCUGCAGCCCCUGCCACGCCUCCUCCUCCUCCGCCUAUGCCUGCACCGCCGCCUCCCCAAGCCCCUCCUAAACCUGCCAUGACUCUGCCUACACAGAGCAGCUCAAAAGCCGCCUCGCCUGUUGCGGCGCAACCCACACCGCCUGCCCCGGCCCUGGUUCCUUCAGCAAUGAAGAAGCAGCCGGGCUUCGCGACUCCGCAAGUCCCCCUCUCUCCUGUCCCGCUAGGCCCUCUCCCCCCACCCACUUUGCCCAAGCAGCAGAGCUACUCCAGCAAACUUCCCCCCUCGCCGCAGUCCCCCGUGCCGUCGGUGGUAAAGCAAAUAGCCAGCCACUUCCCUCCGCCUCCCAUGCCGGCUUCAGAGUCUCAGCCUUUAAAGCCUACCCCACUGAACAUGCCGCCGCAGUCUCCUCCGGCAGUCAAAGCCAAGCCAAAAUGGCAGCCCACCGCCGUCCCGUCUCCCGAAUUUCCUCCGCCGCCACCUGAAAGUACCCUAGCCUUUCCUCCUCCGCCCUCCCCUGCUCCAGCAGUGGUGUCUCCUACACCAGACAUGGCAGGGGGUUCCCCGGUGAAGAAGUCUACUAAGACGUCCAGCCCGGGAGGAAAGAAGCCGCCACCGACUCCCCAGCGGAACUCCAGCAUAAAAUCCAACAGCUCAGCAGAGUACCACGAAUCAAAGAGACCGUCCGUGGAUAGCCUGGUCAGCAAAUUUGCACCUCCACCAGAGCCUUUGGGAUCUCCUGUGAAGGAGACUCCGCUUCCCCCUGCAGCUCCGCCAAAGCCAGGAAAGCUCAAUCUGCCUAUCGUACUUCAGCAAGCGGGAAUUUCCGCAAAGGCACCUGCCACAGGAGCGCCUGGGAAGGGUACUGUGGAAGAGUUUCCUUCCCCUCCAUCGGAUUCAGACUUCCCCCCUCCACCGCCUGAAAUUGAUCUCCCCCUGCCACCCAUAGAGAUUCCCGCCGUGUUUUCAGGCAACAUCUCUCCCAAAGUGGCCGUCGUCAACCCUCAGCCCCAGCCCCCGUGGUCCAAGCAGUCGGGGAAGAAAGCUCCUCCUCCCACCCGCCCCAAGCGCAACGACAGCACCCGGCUCACGCAGGCGGAAAUGGCGGAAGCGCAGGCUGCCAUGGCUCUGCAGGUGGCCGCGGCUCCGCAAGUGGCUGCGGCUCCGCAAGUGCCCACCUCACCUAAGUCUGGCCUUAGCGUUCAGCCCGGGUUCCUGGCCGACCUGAACAGGACUCUGCAGCGCAAGUCCAUCACGCGGCACGGCUCCCUCUCCUCCGCCCGGAUAUCCAGGGCAGAGCCGACGGCCACCAUGGAUGACAUGGCUUUGCCCCCGCCUCCGCCGGAACUUCUCACAGAGAAACAGAAGAGCAGCAAUUUUGGAGGCAGCCACAUAUCUGGCUAUGCAACGUUACGGAGGGGUCCACCACCGGCGCCUCCCAAGAGGGAUCAAAACACCAAACUCUCUCGAGACUGGUGAUAGUAAGUGGCUGCCAGUGAACUCUACAAAUGACAUGUCUGAUACACUUGCGAAGCUCCUUGUCUUAAUAGCUGUGUGUGUGUUUAUAUAUAUAUAUAUAUAUAUAUAUAUAUAUACACACACGCACACACAUGCUAACAGAAGCUAUGGGCGCCGAUUUCGGUUCACAAUCAGUCCAAAAGAUUUCUGUUUGCAGUUGGUUUAUUGGGGCAAGGGGCGGGCUAACUCUUUUGAGAUCCUUCUUACGGAUUGGACCAAAAUCUUUGAAACACUUCUUUUUCCUGCAGUUCAGGAAAACGUCUGUUGUCUGUCACGUGAGACAUGUUGGUGCAUGUAUUAUAAAUGUAGGUAUAUAAUAUAUUGUGAAGUAUUUUGUUGCAAUGAUAGAGGCUAACCAGAAUGUUUUUGUACAUCUGUAUUUAUUUGUUUCAGUCAACCGAUACGUAUAUUACCGGAAAUUGGAUGGCGCAUCUUAAAAGAAAAGUCCUUUUACAAAUGAAGAUAAUAGGAGGCACUUUAAUCAGAAAAAAAACUUUUUUUCCCAGUUGGUGACGGGUAUAGGGUACUGACAGAUUCUAUCGGCGUUCGUACAUUGUCAGUUGAUUGAAAACUCCGAAACAAUCUACCAAAACAUUCUGGUUGUAAUACUACUGAGAUUAAAUCCAUACAUAGGAAAGGGGAUGUGUUGUAUUGUGGGCCUGGAGUUAAAUAUAUUUGGACUUCAAAAUACAGACAUUCCCUUCUGGAACUGUUAAGGGGAAAGGAAAGGAUUUAUUUAAUCAAAACGCUUAAGAAGACACUGCCCUUUAUUACACCUUUGUGCACUUAGGUGUAAGCCCCAUGGAACACGGCGGAGACGUAUUUGUGACUAAAUAGAUGUAGAAUCCGGCUCCAAGGCUGCAGUCCUGUUCACACUUACCAGGGAGUAACUUGCAAUGAAUCAAGUGGGAUUUUCUCUGAAGGGAUCAUGCUUUUAAUUAGAAUAAAUACACACUCUUCUAAUUCAUGUUACUCAUUUUUAUUUAGAGAUCUGUUUGGCAUUUAAGCAGAAAUGGUGCCAUCUGCAAGCUCAGUUCAGAAUCAUUCUGGGUGUGCCAGCUGUCGUGUGACCACCAAUUCGGCUAAGUUCGCGAGCUCUUUGCUCCGGUGCUACUCAGCAGGUUGCCAAGAUGCCAUCUUGCGUACGACCCAAGCGCACCUGCAUCUCUUUCUUAAAGAUUAACGCUCAACGCGAGCCCUCUCCCAACGUUCAAAACGUGUAUCUGUGGAGAGGAGUUGGCUGCACCUCAGAUGCUGGAUGGCACGAGGUUCUUGGCUACGGGCAGGACUGCUGCGAGCGUGUUCAGCCAAGUGCACUUGCAAACCCGGGAGUGUGGAGAAAAUGGGGUUUCUCACCCAACUGGACACACACACACCCCGAUACACAUUCUGCAUGGCUGAAGAGGGACACAUGCAAAUAUGACCCCCAUUUCCACAACAGCUUGGCGGGCAAGCAUUGCUUAAGUGGUUGAAAUGCUUCUUCACACGCAGGUGGGCGGGGGGGGGGGCAGAAUGGCUUGUUAAUGCACAAAGCAAAAGGGUGAUCAUGGUGCAAUUGCCUUUCACCUUAUUUGGUGAUGGCAUGAGAGCCAAGUCUUGGCUCCUGUCACCUGCGAUGCUCUAGCCGAGUCGACCUCUUCAUCCUAGGAACCUGCGCUGUCCUAAGGUCAAGUUGUGCAUUUUGGAAUUUAAUCAGAACUUUUACCAGGCGAGGAAGUUCUGAAGCAGCGGCCCAGCUCAUGCGUUAUGUUUACACCAGUCUCAAUUAUGGCUUAACAGGAAGGACCAGUGUGCUGGAGAGACCGUGCUUCGCUCUUCCUUUUGCUAGCACGCCCAGCGAGGAACCAGACCAGACGCUGGUUUGCUGUUGUGCGCAAGCCAGCUUUAUGGUUAGGAGAGAAGCAAAAAAUGUGAUGGUAGGAUCCUUCUUGGCUAACCAGCUAGAUUUUUGUUGGGAGAGGAACACACCAUGAAUAUUGCUUCACGUGCAACAGCAAGCGGCCUCUGGCUUGUCUCGUUGGUAGCAUGCUGAACAAAGGCGAGUUAGUGCUGUGCACUUUUGAGCCAGUGUACCAGCAGCGCAUUGCUCGUUCCACUUAAACCAUUCAAGUGAUGUGCAGGCCCAGGCAGCAAGUAUUGAAUCUGCUGUGCGAUGCAACACAGAGAUUGUAAAACUUUCUCAUUAUUGGCUAUUACUAAAUUGCAUAUGAGUGCAGUGUGUGUGUGUAAGGGGAAGGACAGUGAUAAUUUGCUCUGAACUUGUGUUUAAAGGGCUUGCCACCUUUCAAACCUCAAAAAUUAGCCCAUCGUAAGCCUUUCUUAGGAAUCAGAAGUUAGUUGCUUCUGGGGCUGAGGUGGUGUUUGCCUUUUUAUUAUUAUUAUUAUCAUUUAAAAAAUGACUGCCAUCUGCCUGAGCUCUGUUUGUAGAAAGAUAUCUAAAGUAGGGUAAUUUGGAAGGCUUAACAUUUCGCCCUAGAAAAAGCUGGAGAAAGUUAAGAGUCAUUUUUGCUUUUGGCCUAGAAGGAUCUUGAAUGCAGAAAGGAAUGGUGCUAUGUCAUCUGAUGCUGAAUCUGCUUGUUUUCCCUUCCCCAAAUGUGUCCUGGACACAUUUUUCCUAUUUUAGAAUAGUUUACUUGAGCAAUAAUAUACCAUUGUGUGCAUUUUAAAAGCACUGCUGUCGGAUGGCAGUUUUUUUGGUAACUUUCAAAGUGUUCAGAGUUUCAUUUCUUCUAUUUUUGUGCUUAUAAAGUGUCCUUAACCAUUUACAUUGCAGCAUUUUAGCUUGUCUAGUAUAUCUGGCUUGUCUUACAACAAACGGUGGUUAUGUUUUUUACUUAUAAUACAUUUGGUGCUCAACUUUAUUCUUUCUGUUGCUGCUUGGACCACUUGCUGGCCUAAAAGGGGGGGGGACCACCUCAUUUGGGUGGUGUGAGGAAUAUGCCGGAUUUGUUCCAUUGUCUAGUAGCAACCUCACAGCCAGGUGUGUAGGCUCGCUAAGAAAAGAGUGUGGUAUUGCUUUGGGCAGCCAAGUCAGUUAAUUCACUCACUUCCCCUGCCCCCUUUUGUUAAUUUAGAACCAAUGCCUUUGAAGUACUGUUAUUUCUCUCCCCAGCUUUAACGAAACGACGUCUUAAAUGCAAACACUGACCAAGAUCCACAUUGACAUUUUCAGAAUGUCGUGAAUUUUUGUGUCCUUUUAAAUUAAAGAAUGUGCCCAGACAAGUAAGCAACAGCAGGGGUAAGAAGGUACCAUUUUAGCUACCCAUUGGUGUCUUUGGAGAAACGGUAAUGUGGAACAUAUUUUCCAGAUGUGUUUAUGGGCAUCCAUCUGUCUCUGGAGACGAUGUAGGAGUGCAUUUUUGGGGGUGAACUGUUGGAAGGUUACAGCAACUGUGGCGAGACAUGUUUUGUUGCAGCCGGGGCAGAUGAAGGGGGCUGGUUGUGCUCCUGCAGGCACACUGUGGCAUUUCUUCUCCCAGCAGUCAUUCCUCCUCGGGUCACUGCUAUGGAUGCAGCAUACGGAUGUUAUACCUUAAUGGUAUCUGCAUCUUACAGGCAUUUAAUGCUGCAGUUCUACACACUUACCUCACAUUAAGUCCCACGGAAUGCAGCAGGGCUCUCUCCAUGGACCUUUUUUCAAAAUAACGCUCAUUUUGAGGUUAACUAAGCCUGCUAAUUGUGUGAUGCUUCCCCAUUUUCCCAGCAUCUCUAUCUGUUAACCGUGCUCCAGGAUUUUAAAUUGCCUACAGUGGAUGUGAGGGAUAAGUUACUGAAACAGAACAGGGCAACACAGCUUAGGCCUCACAUGAUCUCUUCAGUUUGUGAACAGAAAAGGGCAAGUUGCAUCUUUGCCCUGGAUGGUGUCCUAAUCUUAGCAGUGGUAACUGUUGUUUCUUCUUGAAUGUCUGUCUCAAUUUAUAAAGCUAUCCUAAGAUAGGGUGGGGAACCUGUGGCCCUCCAGAUGUUAGGACUACAAGCUGCCUUAUCCCAGACUAUUGGCCAUCUGUCAUGGAUGCUUGAGCUGAGAUUCCUGCAUUGCAGGGCGUUGGGCUAGAUAACCCUUGGGGGGGGGGUUCCCCUUCCAACUACAAUUCUAUGAAAGGCCACAGGUUCCCCACUUACGGAGUCUUAAAUUGAGUUUGCAGGUCUACUACAAUGCUCUAUGUCUGGGCUGCAAUUUUCUUUACAAAUCUCCUUGGAUGUUGUGUGUGGCAUGUGGACAUUCUUGAAAACAACGCAGGAAUAUUCAGUGAGCACAACAUGGGCAGACAUGUAGAUGGAACUCAAAAAUACUUUUCUGAGCAACAUCAGCUGAAUUCAUGCCUAUUUAAAAUUCAGUGAUGCAAAUGUUGGUUUUGUUUUGCAUUUCAUUUUCUUGUCUGCAUUGUUGAUUAGCAAAUUUGAGAAGAGGUUAGCCACAACUGCUUUUGACGACAACCGGUUGGCCUUAAACGCCUUUAGUGUUUAAAGGUAUCGAUCCCGUUUCGUGUUUAAAAACCACUUACAAGUUAAAGAGUGCCGAGGAUAGAUCGGUUCAAAAUGCAUUUGGACAUUUUAAACAUCAUAACCCUAACUUUAUAAUCCCAAGUGUAAAAAGUACAUGCUGCUUCUUCUUACACAAAGUGAGGUACUUCUGUAGACCCUUUGGCCUGGACAAGAAAAGCAUCCCAUUAUUUAUUUUUUAACAGUUAACCUACUUGAAAAGGUAUUGCUUAAUCUCGAAAGCUGAAAAGGUUUGUAGGGCCAAGAGAAUUGGCAACUGUGCUUGUUUCUCUUUGCUAAAUAGUUGAGUGCAGGAAAACCAACAUUAAGCUCACAUCUGCCCCAAGGCUGCAUGGUGAGGGGUGGAGGUUAGAGAAGGGAGAUGUCCUUGUUCCCACACUGGCAACCUAGCAAUUUUGUAAUUUUUCUUCUGCUGAUUACAUGCUUCAUGUGUAGUUUGGCUUUUAGAUGUACUGGAGCCGAUUUAGGCUUGAGUGUACCAUUAUGCCCACUCCCCCCCCCCAAACCCCCCCCCAAUGACCAUAAAGUGAAUAUUUAAAGCACUGCGAUCAGUGGCAAUCUUGUUCAAUGUGUGUACUGUACACAUCUGUAUGCUGCUUUCCUUUUCCCCAUUCCCACCACUAAAGCAAAUUCAAAAUUCAGCUAUACAUUGCAAACCUGUAUCUUUAGUACCUAUGGGGGGGUGUAGAAUUUAUGAGCCCAACACCAUCAAUUGCGAACGGCCUUCUAGUAGAUCACCUCCUUGCCCAGCUGUGGCAAGAGAGCUGCUCUACAUGAUGACUUUAAAUAUGUGCAAACUGCAAUACUGAACCAGCAAGAAGCUGGUACCAGUUGCUGUGAUGAUAUGGCUUGGCAGGGCAUCUUUGCAGGCAUGCCCUCAGCAAACAAUAUUUGGGGUUUUCUUUCUACCAAAGAGAUAACAGGAUAAGUCUGUGGUAGUUUUCUCAAAACGCCUAUCUACGUCUAGCAGGUUCUGCUGCCUAUUUGCAUCUUUAUUACAGGGGCCAAUACAAAAACAUUGGGAAACUUUUAACUCUCUGGACCAGAAUGUGCUUUGCUUUUUAGAGUGCGGGGUGGGGGUGAGAGAGAUAUUUUAAAGAUAUGUGCUUCAGCAUCUUAGAUUUCUCACAAAGUAUGCAUUUGAAAAUGGGAUUGGGUCAUUUGUCUGCUUUUUUCCUGCUUUACCUACUGUGCGAUUGUAAAUUGUGGGAAAUUGAGCCUUUUUUGCAGGCAUUGGUAAACAGUCAAUAGUGCUAAGGACUGGUAAGCAGUCCUAACUGAUUAUGCACCUGUUAAACACCAACAUUGCAGCCAUUAUGUUGUCUCUGCAGAUUUGUGCUAAGUGCUUAAAUACAUUCAUAUGUUUACUGCUUUACAUAAAGAAUUGCACAUUUUAUCUUUAGAGUGGGACUUGCCUCCCCGUCUCCUUUCCCUUUAAGAAAGCAAAUCUCAUUGAAAGUGGUAAUUUACAGUCGAGAAGAGCUUUGUUCUAUAUAAAUAUUCUAUAAAUAUGUAUAAAUAUACUUUUUUUAAGCAUGGGAGAAAGAUAAUAAUAAUGCAUUCAUGACAAAGUACUCGGAAAUCAUUACAAUGGAAUAUGCACAAGUCAAUAAAGAUAUAGUUAAAUUUG